UUCUAUCAGAUCAGACACCUGACACUUUAUCUCUCGGCUCAGCUUUCUUGCAGCGGGCGCCGGGGAGAAACAGGAUAGGGAGGGUUACUGUGUGUGUGUGUGUGUCCGUGACAGAAAAAGUGAAAGGCACAAUCCCUGGAGACAAAAAGCCAGAGGAUUAUUAUGCUCAGCAACGGGGCAGUUUUCCACAGAAACUUCUUCAACAAAAAAACCAAUUGGUUGCUCCGACUUUGAAGCUGGCUGCUCAGACAAAACCAGGAUAUGGAAAUCACAAAAGAGAGAUGCCCGUUGGAUCUUUGCCUCUGGCUCAUAAUUCUGCAGUCGACGGCAGCGGAUCUGAAAUCAUUCAGCUCAGAAAAAUCAACGGCUCCUCAGCAGAGACGCCGAGCUACCAGCACCUCCACCGGGAGCUGCUGCUCAGCCACAAACGAGGCCUGCUGCUGGAGGAGAAGCCAGAACUGAAGCGGGUUCUGGAGCAGCGCAGACUGGAGCUGCACAGGGAGGAGGAGAUGGCCCAACGACGGCCCUCCGACCUGGAGACGGAGCUCCGAAAGAGGCAGCAGAAGCUACAAGAGUAUGAGCAGGAGGAGAUAAGGCAGCGGGAAAACCAGAACAAGAUCCCAGAGUUUGUUCGCGUCAGAGAGAAACUGAGGCGCACACAGACGUUCGAUCAGCCCUGAUCUGCUCCCAUCAGCCAGUGCGGCCUCUCACCGUUGUGGCCCUAAAAAUAUUUUCUGCUCACAGCCUGCUGAGCUGCAAGAAACAAACCAGAGACCCUGGCGUAGUUUAAUAUUUGCUAAUUCACUGUUAAUUGUAAUGAGAAAUGUGUUUCUGGAGGCUAAAACUUUGUCCACCUGUUAAAAUAUAUAUAUAUAUAUUUUAAAAAACUCAUUCACAGUUUUGUUCUUGGUGAGGGGCGAAGUGCUCAGUUGGUUUUCUUUUUUCUUUCUUUUUUUUUUUUUUUUUACUAAAAAUCAUGGAUUAUUAUUGGCUGAAUGAAGGCAACAAUGUUCUGAUUCUGAAUGUUUUUUAUGCAUACUAAUUUGCCUGUUCCAUCCUCAGUUUUCUGUUUCAGUCAUUAUAUCAUCAUGUCAUGUUAUGUCAGAUCCUUUACAAUGUAAGUAUUAAAAGAAAUAUUUUCAACAGCACUGUUUUAUGUUAGUAAGACAAACCUCCCAACAUUUACAAAAAAUACAAGUUUGUUUACUUGUUUCUGUCAUGGCUUUUUGAUUUUGAGUUUGUCUGUGUGUGAAAGAGAGAGAGAGAGAGAGAGAGAGAGAGUGUGAUGUGGAAAUAAAAGGUUUUAUGGUUUGGACUGAUGCAUUUCUGUACCAGAGCUAUUGAAAGCAGCAGCAUUGAUUUGCAGGCAGCUCUUGUCCCUCAGGACGCUCCUGGUUCUUUCACAGGGAUGUGGGACUUCGUUUAAUUAGCUAAUCUUUUCAUUCCAUCGUGGGUUGAGAGGAGAAAGGACAGGCCAUCUGCUGGAGGCUUUCAGGAAGCUGGGAACGCCCCAGGGUCUGGUUAAAGCACUGGAGACAUUCUGGAUGGUCACAGACGGCUCCAGCUGAGAGCUCAAAUUGAUCUUGUAGAGUUAUUUUUUGGAGCAUUUCAGCGGC